AUGUCCCCGUUCGAAUACCGGCUGCCGUCGCUUCAGAAGCAGCAUCUCUUAUCCGAAUUUGCUGGGCUGAAGCAGGCCUGUCCGGAGGGCAUCUUCGUCACCCUGACUCCGGGGGACGUCUCUCUGUGGUCUGCGAUCCUCUUCGUUCGCCAUGGGCCAUACUCGCAAGCCAUCCUUCGCUUCCAGAUGUCCUUUCCCGACUCCUUCCCCGAGCUACCACCUCUCAUCCUCUUCUCGACCGACAUUUUCCAUCCCCUCAUCUCGCCGCUGACGACCAACAUGCAAACCGCCGACACCCAAGACGCCGGAGCCGCCAAUGACCGCGACGGGGAACCGCUCCCUCCCGGAGCUUUCAGCCUGCGCCACGGCUUUCCGGACUGGUUUCGACCCGGCAAGCGCACCGCCGCAAGUAGCAGACAGGUGAGCGGGGACCAAGCUCGUCGUCCGGACGACCCGGAGCAACCGCCUUCACGCAUCCUGUCUCCCGUGCUGGACAACAUCGAGACAUUCUCUAGCCACAAGCAGACGAGCAAGCGAAAGGUGACAAUCUAUCACGUCCUGGCGUACCUGCGAAGCACCUUUGACGAUCCGGACGUCCUCGACUCCGUCCCGCUCGACGCCGCCGGGAAUGCAGGCGCUUGGCACGCCUGGCAAACACACCGACGCAGGCGCGGUACGCUGUGCGAAGAAGCACCCGAAGCCACCGGCCUGGAAAAGGGGCUGGAGAAGGGGUUGGAGAAGGGUGAGCCGUCCGUGUCGAGCGACAUGCCACCAGCGACGGCGAGGCCGCCGGGAGCAUGGAGCUGGGAUGGUGUCUGGGAGACGAGGGUAAAGAAGGGCAUCGCCGCCAGCCUCUCGGAGCCAGUCCUCUUUGGCGGUGCAGGCGCAACCGACGAACUUAUAUCCUUCCUCGCCAUGGAGGAUGGUGAGGUGGAAGCGAUCAAGGACAACUUGCGCCGCAGUCUAUCGACAACUCCAGCCAACGGAUUCGGGUCGCCUGCCUGA